UGGUAAAAUACACUGGUUACCACCCCUGGAGUUCACUAGCUCACUAGUUCGAAUCCCAGGGCAAGCUGAGUGACUCCAGCCAGGUCUCCUAAGUCCAGUUGCUAGGGAGGGUAGAGUCACAUGGGGUAAACUCCUCAUGGUCACUAUAAUGCAGUUUGUUCUCAGUGGGGCAAGUGGUGAGUUGAGCAUGGUUGCCACAGUGGAUGGUGUGAAGCCUCCGCAUGCGCUAUGUCUCAUUGGCAACACACUCAACAAAGCCACAUGAUAAGAUGCACAGGUUGAUGUGUGUUUUGGAGCUUCAAAGUUUUGGUCACCAUUCACAUGCAUUGAAUGAACCUACACAGCUGAGAUAUUCUUCUAAAAAUCUUCACUUGUCAGGAGAAGAAAGUCAUACACAUCUGGGAUGGAUGAGUAAAUGAUGAAAGAAUUUUCAUUUUGGGAUUCACGGUCAUUCUCCAUUGACUACAAGAACAACUGCUUCCGAAAGGAUGGAAAACCAUUUCAGUACAUCUCAGGAAGCAUCCACUACUCCCGCAUUCCUCGGGAAUACUGGAAGGACAGGCUGCUUAAGAUGUACAUGACUGGACUCGAUGCUAUUCAGGUGUAUGUGCCAUGGAACUUCCAUGAGACCGUGCAGGGGGUGUUUAACUUUGCAGGAGUCAGAGAUCUAGAGUACUUUUUGAAUCUGGCCAACCAGACAGGGCUGUUAGUCAUCCUGCGACCGGGGCCGUACAUCUGUGCAGAAUGGGAAAUGGGUGGUUUGCCUGCCUGGUUGCUACAAAAGCCUAACAUUAUCCUUCGUUCAGCUGACACAGAUUAUUUACAUGCAGUGAGUAACUGGUUGGCUGUCCUGCUCAAUAAGAUGAGACCGUGGCUUUAUCAGAACGGAGGAAAUAUUAUCAGUGUGCAGGUGGAGAAUGAAUACGGCAGCUACUUUGCUUGUGAUUAUAACUACAUGCGGCACCUUCGCACUUUGUUUCGUUUGUUCCUGGGGGAGGACGUCAUCCUCUUUACUACAGAUGGGAACACGGAUAAAGAGAUGAGCUGUGGCACGCUCGAGGGCCUGUAUGCCACUAUAGACUUUGGCACAGACACCAAUAUCACUACAGCCUUCAAUCAACAAAGGAAGUUUGAACCUAAAGGCCCACUGGUGAAUUCUGAGUUCUAUACAGGUUGGUUGGAUCACUGGGGUGACAAGCAUGCUUCUGUGGACACGGAAAAAGUGAGCAAAAUGCUGGGAGAGAUGUUGUCCAUGGGUGCCAGUGUGAACAUGUACAUGUUUGAGGGAGGAACAAAUUUUGGCUAUUGGAAUGGAGCGGAUCAUGAUACCAGGUUCAGGUCUGUGGUGACCAGUUACGAUUACAAUGCACCUUUGUCAGAGGCAGGAGACCCCACUGACAAACUGCUUGCGAUCAGAGAUGUCAUUAAGAAUUUUCGUGAUAUUCCAGUUGGUCCCAUGCCACCAGCCACCCCAAAGCUAGCUUAUGGCUUUGUUACACUAAGAAAGGUUGGCAACAUUAAUAACUUGUUGGAUACACUGUCACCUCAAGGUCCAGUCCGGUCUCAAUAUCCUUUGACAUUUGAGGAGAUUAAACAGUACUACGGCUUCAUGCUUUACCGAACGAUGCUGCCGCGGAAUGUUCCUGAGCCGACCCCUCUCAUCUCGCCCCUCAAUGGCAUCCAUGAUCGUGCAUAUGUCUCUGUGAAUGGGGUGUACCAAGGGUUUAUGGAGAGGGACACCACACUGGUGAUGAAUGUUACUGGACGACAAGGGGAUCAAUUGGACAUUCUUGUGGAGAACAUGGGCAGGGUUAAUUCUGGCAGCUAUAUUAAUGAUAAUAAGGGUCUCUUGGGCAAACUCAUCCUGGGAAAUGACGUGCUCACUGAUUGGUUAAUCUACCCACUGGAUAUCGACACUGCAGUAGCCAAUGGCUGGCUACAGUCAGAUCACUCAGGGGUUAGACCAGGUCCAGGGAUGGAAGCAGGAGAUGGACCAGUGAUUUACUCAGGAACCUUGAAGCCUACAGGCCUAGCAUGGGACACUUUCGUAAAACUUAAUGGAUGGACAAAGGGUCAGGUGUGGGUAAAUGGGGUGAACCUGGGAAGAUACUGGCCCCAGAAGGGCCCUCAGCAGACGCUGUAUGUCCCUGGACCUUUUCUUAGUGCCACUCUGCCAAACAACAUCACAGUGCUGGAGCUGGAAAGAGUUGCAUCACACAGCAGAAUCUUGUUUAUGGACCGGCCUCAGCUGAACAGCACUGGACACAACACAUAACAACAUACUCUUACAAUGCACUAGAAAGCCUUGCCAACUGCUCAAUGUAGCAUUUCUGCAAACAUCUCAAACAAUGUUUUUACAGUACAUGCAUAUCUCUUGAACACUGCUCAAAGCUAUGAGGUAUUUCAACGCAAGCCAUCAUAACAUACUGUAAUUUGUAUCACUUUACUCAAUAUUUAGCUCAGUCAGUUGACGGCUCAGGAAAAGGUAAAAUGCUUAAUUCUUACAGUAUUUUAUAUGACAUACAUAACGGUUUAAGAAAUCAAGACCUAGAUGUGCCUUAAGACUCCCUGCUUGAAAAUAGAUGACUCAGCUAAAUUCAGCUUUUUUUGUGGGGCAUGAUUUAAAAGAAGUUAUGAAUAAGCCACACAAGUAUUUUAGCUCAGAAAAAAAAAAGAUGCAGUUGUCCCCGUCUUUAUUUGAGGAUAGUAGCAUUUUGUGUUGUCUUCCUGUCAACCUUUUGGUUUUGUCAUAAGUUAUGCUGGUUUAUAAUAAUGCGCUUGUUUUUUUAUUUAUGUUUUUACUGCCAUGGCUUCGAAUCCCUGUGAAAUGUCAAUCUUAACCAUCAUAGACAGACAAUCUGUCAGAUGUAGAACUUAUUUUUAAAAAUCACUGUGGUUGGUCUGUGUCCUGAGAAAGAGGACUCGCAAAAGUGAAACAAAAUGACUUACAAGGACUAGACACCUUACACAAUUACUUCUAUUAAUCUUUUGCCCAUUUUGUUCUCUUCAAGAUCAGUAAUGACCUUUCAUCAAUCAUGUUCUAUUCCAAUUCCCAGCAGUCGUUUUGUCAUUGUGAAAUGUCAGAUUGAUGAACGUUGUCUCAUCCAGUCCACUUCCAGAUCAUGUAAAUUGGCGUAUGGUCACAAUCUGUGUCGAUUACUCCCAUUCUACCACUACACCUCUCCCUGUACUAACACUGAGUGGUCAGGGCCGGGCAGCAGCACUGGCUUUGCGAUGGGCUUGGACACAGCGAGGUGUGCAGAAAGAGUAGUCCAGAUAUUCAAAAGGAAUCUUCCCCAGCAAUGACUUUCCACACUGAAAGCAUCUCCUAUAACAACAGCAAUAGUGUCUCAGUACAACAGGUCAGAAACAUGAAUUAGUUUUUAUGAAAGGAAAUUGCAGUUCUUUUAAAUUGCAUUUGGCUAUGAUAAACAUGCCAAUGAGUCUGUUUUCACAAGUACCAAAAACAUUAAAGGAAUACUUUGACAAAAAAAAAAAAAAGAAAAA